AUGGACAGAUCACUCUCAUUGUUUGUGAUCAUCUUGUCUAUUGCCAGCAUAUUGAGUUGCCAUGCUAUUGACACUACAGGUCAUCGCCAGGUGCACUUGGAUGCAGUUGAUAGUGAUGAUCUACCAAGGAUUGAAGUUGGUAGGAAUCAUUUGAAUAAUACAUUGAUGUGGGGCAGCUACAGACCACAUCUAUACUCUGCGAUGAAGACACGUAGUACAAAGCCAAUUAACACUGGACUGAUCUGGUCAACGCCAAACAUUGACAAUAUGUUCUCAAGAUUCGUCCACAAGUGCGAGCAGAGCAGCGAUGGCGUCGUCGGCUACCACUGGCGUCGCCACGACGGCAAGAACUUUGGCGAGCAGGAGAUCGUCGACCGUCCAGGCAACCUGCUGCUGACGACCACAUUCGUCAAGAGCAACCACCACACGUCCAAGACGGGCGGUGACUGGACCGUGCGUCUGUCAGGACGCCAGCUCAACGCUUCGCUGCCAGUGCCACUCUUCUCCAUGAUGUACUACGUCUUGGAUGAGAGCGUCACAUCCAGCUCAGACUCUUGGCUACAAAUUGCCAAUCUCCCUGAGGACUCCAAAAAGGGAUUGACUGGCGAUCUCCAAGUGAAUGGCAACAACCCAGACACUGGCCGCUACACAUUACAAUUCAAUGAUGUGUCAUCUUCAACUCAUCCACAUGGAUUCAAGUAUGCCAAGUCGCAACCAAGCGUUGACAAGUGGCACUUCUAUGGCAAGGCAAGGUUUGACAAGGACAAGUGGAACGUCAUCAACUCAAUCUUUGAUGAUACCACCAAGCAACACAUCACCAGCUACUAUGGUGAGUGGAAUGAGAUCUCCAAACAAGGACGUCCCCAGCCAGUCUUCAUCCCAACUCUUCCCAACAUCGCUAACGAUCACACCAACACAAUGAUCGUUCAGCGCGUGCUACAGGCACCAUUCGAUAUUGAGAUAUCAUUCAUCUCUCAUUCAACUCAUUCACAAAGCGACCAAUCAUUGUUGUCGGAGCAUCAGGUCAAACAGGCCGCCAAACAUAUCACUGGCGAGAAGUUUGAUGGUUUGUUGGAGAAGUAUAGGGAGGACUUUGAGAAGCGAUUCGUCCAACACUUCCCUUUGGCCAAGGGUGUCAACCCUCAGUACAGAGAGUUUGGACGCGUCGUGCUCAGCAGCCUACUCGGCGGCAUUGGCUACUGGCAUGGUAACACAUUGGCCACAGACCCAAGCAACCCAAGAGCACACUACAAGCUGCCCAUGUCAACGCUGUUCUCAGCGUCGCCAUCUCGUCCAGCUUUCCCACGUGGCUUCCUCUGGGACGAGGGAUUCCAUCAGCUGGUUAUCUCGAGCUGGGACGUCGACCUGACCAUCGAGUCUCUGUCGCACUGGUUCAACCUGGUCAAUGAGGAUGGAUGGAUCCCGCGCGAGCAGAUCCUGGGCAACGAAGCGUUGUCCAUGGUGCCACACGAGUUCCAGGUGCAGUCGCCCAGCAUUGCCAACCCACCCACCUUGCUGAUGACCGUCCUGAAGCUCAUUGACCUGGCCGAGAAGUACAAGGCCAGCAAUGAGCACAAGAGGGAGUACCAGACCAUCGUUCAGUUUAUCGAGGAGGCCUACCCAAGGAUGGCCCGCUUCUACAGCUUCUACUGGCGCACACAGACCGCCAACCACAUUGGCAACACAUUCCGCUGGCGCGGACGUAAGGUCAACCACACACUGGCCUCUGGUCUGGACGACUACCCACGCGCCAACCCACCCUCAUUACACGAGGUGCACGUCGAUCUCUCGGCAUGGAUGGCAUUCGCCUCAGAGGCAAUGGGCACCAUCUCCAAGUUCAUCGGCAAGGACGACAGUGUCUACAUGCAAUCGUACAAGGAAAUCACAAACACCCUGCGCGACCUACACUGGGACGAUGUCACAAGCAUGUACCAGGACGUCGUCUAUGAUGGCAACAACAACAACAAGACCUUUGUACGAACUGAGGGCUACGUGAACUACUUCCCUCUGGUGCUCGGUCUGGAGCCUGUGGACUCACCUCGUCUGCGGGGCUACCUCAACACGGUGAAGGACAUCAGGGGCAUCUGGAGCAGAUACGGUCUGCGAUCAAUGUCAUUGCGCGACCCACACUAUGGAACGAAUGAGAACUACUGGCGCGGUCCCAUCUGGAUCAACAUCAACUAUUUGUUUGUCAGCAAGUUCCACCAGAAGUACAUGAAGAGCGGUCCUUUGAUGCACGACUUUGCCAUGACCUAUUACACACUGCGCCAUAACAUCAUCGACAACAUCUUCCAGCAGUACAAAGAGACUGGAUUCCUGUGGGAGCAGUACCAUGGUCUGGAAGGCACUGGCGAGAGGAAUCAUCCAUUCACUGGAUGGACUUCUCUCGUACUUCUGAUGAUGUCCGAGCAAUACUAG